AUGAUAAAAUUCAAAGGCCGCAGUAGCAUGAAACAAUACAUGCCACUCAAACCUAUAAAACGGGGAUAUAAGUGCUGGGUUCGAGCAGAUCCAUCAGGUUAUGUAUGCGAAUUUCAGAUGUACACAGGUAAAACUAAAAGUACGGAAAAGCAGUUAGGAGCAAGAGUAGUAAAAGAUCUCACUCGCGAAUUGAAGGGCAACAAUCACCAUGUUUAUUUUGAUAACUUUUUCACAGGGGUAGAUCUUAUGAUAUAUCUGAAAAAAGAUAAAAUUUUUGCUUGCGGUACUGUACGUCAGAAUCGAUCAAGAUUGCCAAAAAGUAAAGUGCAAGACAAACAAAUGAAACAUGGUGAUAGCGAAUUCCGAACAUCGAAUACGGGUAUUCGAUGGGUCAAAUGGAUGGACAAGAAGGCAGUCUACUUCUUGUCUAACUAUCAUGACCCUCGUGAAACUGCGUCGGUGAAUCGGAAACAAAAAGAUGGCACGCUGAAACCCACCAGUUGUCCUGUAAUGGCUUUUGACUACAACAAACACAUGGGCUAUGUAGAUAAGGCUGACCAUCUCUUGUCAACAUAUAACAUUGACAGGAAAUCUAAGAAAUGGUGGCAUAGAAUAUUCUUCCAUUUCUUAGAUGUCAUUGUUGUCAAUGCGUAUAUUUUGUACAAAGAGAAGAGAUUGAACCCAACUUUGACUGCGAAAGAAUUCAGGUUACGUUUAGUAGAUGAAUUGGUAGGACACAAACUACCAAGUUCAACUGGGAAGAAACGUAAAUUGAGUACAAUCUCUUCUUACAAACCAAAAGUGUCAGAGGAAAAAAGAAAAAGUCAAUCAGCUCAUAUGCCUGAAAUUAUCGCUUCACCUAGACGCUGCGCUCAUUGCAGUACUAAAGCCGACCAAAAGCGAACAUCAUGGAUGUGUAAAACUUGCAAUGUACCACUCUGCCUGCAUCCCACAAGAAAUUGCUUCGCUGCUUACCACUGCUGA